UUCGACGACGGACGGUGAGGCUGACAGAGACUGAGGGGAGGAGGAGGCGGCGGCGGGUGUGGUUUAAACCUGGACUUGAGAUUUGUUUUUUACUGUACUUUUGUAUUCCUUUGGCUGGGAUGGUGGCGUCAGACGUGUAACUAACAUUGCUGGCUCCUGUGUGAAGAGACGGUUCAGACAAAAUGCUAAGACCUCAGCAUUAAGAUGCCGCGGAUCAGAGAGUAAGAAUCCUCUGGCAGAGGAAGCUGUGUAUGUCCGCAGCGCAGAGAAUAUAUUAUCACACUGCAUGAUAUAUUAUUAACAGUACUACAAUAAGAAUGACUGUGUCGGGGAUUGAAGGACACAUUGAAGUAUUGUAACACGACCGCCACAGUCCUGUGCUGUCGAACUGAAGAAGAUAUAACGAGAACAAACAUUUACAAUCAAUAACACUGAAUACCACAGGAGACAAAGGCAGUGCCGCAGAUCAGAAGCAUUCAUAAAAUCUAUCCCUGAAGAACAAUUGCAAGAUGUUUCGUCGGUGCUUCAACCGCUGGUGUGGAGGGGACGAAAAUAGAGUGGACAGCAGGACCAUCUACGUUGGACACCGGCGCUGUCCCGGCACAAACACAUACCUCCCUCUCAAAUUCUGUGACAACAGGAUCAUUUCCUCCAAGUAUACCGUGUGGAACUUCCUUCCCAAGAACCUCUUUGAACAGUUCAGAAGAAUCGCCAAUUUCUACUUCCUAAUUAUAUUCCUGGUGCAGGUGAUUGUGGACACACCCACCAGUCCAGUGACCAGCGGGCUGCCACUCUUCUUCGUGAUCACAGUGACCGCCAUCAAACAGGGCUAUGAGGACUGGCUCAGACACAAGGCAGACAACGAGGUGAACAAGUACCUGGUGAGCGUGCAGGAGGACGGUGGGGCGGUGCGCAAGGAGAGCGAGGAGAUCAAGGUGGGGGAUGUUGUGGAGGUCACUGAGGAUGAGACCUUUCCCUGCGACCUCAUCCUGCUGCAGUCCACUCGAGACGAUGGUACCUGCUUCGUCACCACGGCCAGCCUGGACGGGGAGUCCAACCACAAGACUCACUUCACAGUGGCGGACACAGAGAAGCAUCUGGAUUCCUUCUACGCCACCAUUGAGUGUGAGCAGCCUCAGCCAGACCUCUAUAAGUUUGUUGGCAGAAUGCACAUCACUAAGGAUGGCCUGGAGCCUAUUGUGAGGUCAUUAGGGCCAGAGAAUCUGCUGCUGAAAGGAGCCACCUUAAAAAACACCAAGAAGAUCUAUGGUGUAGCUGUUUACACUGGGAUGGAAACUAAGAUGGCUUUGAACUACCAGGGGAAAUCCCAGAAGCGCUCUGCAGUGGAGAAGUCGAUCAACGCCUUUCUGAUUGUGUACCUCUGCAUCCUCAUCAGCAAGGCCCUGGUGUGCACCACGCUCAAGUACGUGUGGCAGAGCCACCCAGGCCAUGAUGAGCCCUGGUACAACCAGAAAACACAGAAAGAGAAGGAUACCAACAAGUUCCUCAAGAUGUUCACAGACUUCCUGUCGUUCAUGGUCCUGUUCAAUUUCAUCAUCCCGGUGUCCAUGUACGUUACCGUGGAGAUGCAGAAGUUCCUGGGCUCGUUCUUCAUCUCCUGGGACAAGGACUUCUUCGACCCGGAGAUCCAGGAGGGAGCUCUCGUCAACACCUCUGAUCUCAACGAGGAGCUGGGGCAGGUGGAGUACGUGUUCACAGACAAGACGGGCACUCUGACUCAAAAUAACAUGGAGUUCAUCGAGUGCUGCAUCGACGGCUAUCAGUACAACUACCGGGACUCCAGAACCGAGCUGGACGGGUUCUGUGUCACCGACGGGCCCGUCAGCAAACUACAAGAGAAGGCAGGCAAGGAGAAGGAGGAGCUGUUCCUGCGGGCGCUGUGCCUGUGCCACACUGUCCAGGUGAAGGAGGGCACGGAGCUGCAUGGCAUGGACGAGGUGGAUGGGAUCGGGGCGAGCGACGAUGCAGAGCAGUGCUGCUACAUCGCCUCCUCCCCAGACGAGGUGGCGCUGGUCAAGGGAGCCAAGAAGUACGGGUUCAUGUUCCUGGGCAUGGAAGGUAAACAUAUGAAAAUGCAGAACAGGAACAAAGACGUUGAACAGUAUGAGCUCCUCCAUGUGUUGAACUUUGAUCCAGUGAGGCGGCGGAUGAGCGUGAUUGUGAAGACUAAGUCAGGGGAGACCCUUCUGUUCUGUAAAGGUGCCGACUCCUCGGUGUUCCCACGAGUGCAGGCGGAGGAGGUGGAGAGGAUCCGGAUGCACGUGGAGCGCAACGCCAUGGAGGGGUACCGCACCCUGUGCGUGGCGUACAAGUCUCUGAGCUCGGAGGAGUUUGAGCAGACGGACGCAGCGCUGCAGGAUGCCCGGCUCGCCCUGCAGGACCGUGAGGAGAGGCUGGCACAGGUGUACGACCAAGUGGAGGCGGGCAUGCACCUCAUCGGGGCCACCGCUGUGGAGGACAGGCUGCAGGAGGAGGCUGCAGAGACGAUGGAAGCCCUGCACGGUGCUGGGAUGAAGGUCUGGGUGCUCACCGGAGACAAGAUGGAGACAGCCAAGUCCACCUGCUAUGCCUGCCGCCUCUUCCUGAAGAGCACAGAGCUGCUGGAGCUGACUGUGCGCACCCUGGAGGAGGGGGGUCGCCCGAGAGAGGAGAAGCUGCACGAGCUGCUGCUAGACUACCACAAGAGAGCUGUGCAGGACCGGCACAAAGACAAGGACAAGGAGGCGGUCACCAGGAGCUGGUCCUCUGGGUUCCGGGAGUUUGGCUUCAUUGUGGACGGUGCCACGCUGUCUCUGGUGCUGAACGCCUCCCCUGAUGCCAGUGCCAAUCGCUACAAGAGCCUCUUCCUGCAGAUCUGCCAGAACUGCACCGCCGUGCUCUGCUGUCGGAUGGCGCCGCUGCAGAAAGCUCAGAUUGUGAAGAUGGUUAAGAAUUCCAAAGGCAGCCCCAUCACCCUGUCUAUAGGUGAUGGAGCCAACGAUGUCAGCAUGAUACUGGAAGCACAUGUGGGCAUCGGUGUGAAGGGUAAGGAGGGCCGGCAGGCAGUGCGGAACAGCGACUACGCCAUCCCCAAGCUGAAACACCUGAAGAAGCUGCUCCUGGUGCACGGGCACCUCUACUACGUCAGGAUCGCACACCUGGUGCAGUACUUCUUCUACAAGAAUCUUUGCUUCAUUUUACCUCAAUUCUUAUACCAGUUUUUCUGUGGAUUCUCUCAACAACCCCUGUACGACGCUGCCUACCUGACGAUGUACAAUAUCUGCUUCACCUCCAUGCCCAUCGUGGCCUACAGUCUGCUGGAGCAACACAUCUGCAUUGAGAGCCUGCUGGAAAACUCCUCGCUCUACAGAGGGAUCGCUAAGAACGCAAUGCUGCGCUGGGGUCCCUUCCUGUACUGGACGCUGCUGGGGCUUUUUGAGGGGCUUGUCUUCUUUUUCGGGGUGUACCAGCUCUUCUGGAAUCCCGCCCUGGCAGACAACGGGCAGGUUUUUGGAAACUGGACUUUUGGCACAAUUGUGUUUACAGUUCUAGUGUUUACAGUAACCCUGAAGCUGGCAAUGGACACUCGACACUGGACCUGGGUCAACCACUUUGUCAUCUGGGGCUCACUAGCUUUCUACAUCUUCUUCUCUUUCUUCUGGGGAGGAAUCAUAUGGCCCUUCAUGCAGCAGCAGCGUCUCUACUUUGUCUUCGCUAACAUGCUGAGCUCGGUGUCAGCCUGGCUCAUCAUCAUCCUUCUCAUCGUGGUCAGUCUGCUGCCGGACAUCGUGAUCGGGGUCUUCCGCCAGCCGCAGGGGCCAGACCGCCAACAGUUCCAGAAGAAUCCGGGCCAGUCAGGAGCAGGAGACCCCCUGUCGCCCCAAUCUCCAGCCAGACCCCUGCUGUUCAGAAACUUUUCAGACGAGUCCAAUACUGUCCUUUAAACAGAGCACCAGCGUCACCCCGCUGUCAUACAAACGCUUCAAGGAACUGUACUGAAUAGGGAGGGCUACCCGGAAGGCUGCCAGCACAUCGUGCAGCGUGGAGUUGCCCUAUCUUCAGCUCUGAUCAACACCUUGCCCAGCGACGCACUGUCCUCUCAGUGACGCCUAACAACUGGGUUUCAGGGCAAUUCCUUUUCUUUGCCAGCAGACGAUUCCUGUCUGGCCCAGUUCCAGAGACAGGAGGCAGUCAGGUUGACCUUGUUUCUCUUACAGAACAACAGCCCACUGACCUGGCAAGACUUGCCUGUAACUUAAGAGCGAUUAUUUCUGGCAAUUCCAGUUCUAAACUUCGGGGGGAGGCUGACAAUACCACGGCCAACAGCUGAACAAUUUUCAAUGAUUCUGCUGGGAUUUAAAUGUAUAUGAUUAUUGGUGGGUGGGGGAGGGGAGGGGGGGGGGGGGGGGUGGUUAUGUUUUGGAAGGGCAUGUUUUACUAAAAGAAAAAAAAAAGAAUUUUAGAAGAUUUCUGUAUUAAAGAUGUGAUGUGCAAAGAAGGAAACUAGAAAUGCAGUGUGUAAGUGCAAGGGUCGGGCAGCACAGUGUAAACACCUGUGACGUGUAGCACGCACUGGUUUGAAAGGGCUGCCACAUGACCCAUUUUCAUUUGUCAUGCAAACAGUAUCUCGGGUGGCCAGUUUUGAGACGUUGCUGCAGAUUUUCUCCCUCCACUUCCAUGAAGGGACUGUAGGAAGUGAUCUUUUGAGGAGUUGUCACAAACUUGUCAUGUCAACCAGUGCUGUCCUGGCGGCCAUGGUGUAGAGGCAGGUGUUGCUAUAUUUCUGAUCCAACCUCCUUUUUAUAUAUGUAUGUACUGGACUCCCUUUCAACACAUCCCCUAUACUGUACAAUGUAUCGUUCAAGGAGUUGCGAUCUGGAUUUGAGACUCUUCUGAUUUCCAUUUGACCUCUUCUCUCAAAUCCUAGCUUGAACUAAAAAAAUUAAUAAAAGGAAUCACACAUUGCCAAAUGACAGUUGCCAACUACAGCCUUACAAAAUGUAUAUAUGCUGAAAGGGGGUUUCCUUUUGUGCCAAUGUUUUAUAUACUGUACUUCCGUUCCCUUCAGCUUGUCUUCGGAGCUAGUUUCCUUUUCCUACCUUACCUCAACACUUCUUCAGAGGGUCAGCCAUCAAAUGCUAAAACAGACGGUUAACGACCCACUUAGGGGUCAGAUGAGAAAAACCCAAACAGUGAGACCACAGGGGAUCCAAGAAGAGCCAAAGAGCAAAUCGAGGAGCCAGGCUUGAAUGUGGCAGUCUGGUACCCCUGCCUGUGGGCUGAGAUUGCAGCGUUGACUUAACGAGACGGCACUGUCAAACUAGCUCUGGAGACAACGCUAUUGAAACUGUGCUCGUGUGCAUUAAGCAAGUUACUGUACCCCCCCCCCCCCCCCCCCCCAUUCUACAUUACAGAAGUGCCCGUUCAGUGUCCUAGCCGAUUUUCUUGACUCACGAGGUUGUGCGUCUGUGUUUUGCUGAAAUUACAUUCUAUUCAAACAUGUUGAAAAUCAAAUUACAUGCUAUUGGAUGAUCCAUGUUUUUGUUCAUAAGUUCAUUAAUUUUCUUAUUUAUUGAAAUGUAUAAUUUACUUUGAUAAUUGUACAGUAUUUUAUAUAUUCUUAAUAUUAUUGAAAUUGUGAUGCAUUUAUAUUUGGUACAAAUUUGUCCUGAGGGUCAGAUCAAUGGAUUACUUGCUGAGUCAUGCCCUGCUCUUGUAUGUGAUUGGCUCAAUGGCAAAAGCCUGCUCAUGAAUAAUGCUGGAGAGGCGGGGCAUUCUGGUGUUCUGAACAUGCAGGCCCCUCCCCUCAGCAUUAUUAGUAUGGAGGUUCAUUUGGUCCCACUAGUUUUGUUUUUAGAGUGUGCUUAUUUUCCAUGAAUCCACUGUGUCUAUUUUAAAACUACCCAGCACAUUGUGGACAUUCUUCAUGGUGAAAACCAACAUUCCCCAUACUGGACCAGUUGGUGUGUGUUUUAGCAGAAAAGGUCAGUUUCAGAAAUAGAGUAUUGGUUUAGAAGUGGGAUAAACAGAGGAGCGUGGUAGUUCCAGUUCCUAUUCUUCUGAAUUGAUUCGGAAUUACAGUGCUGCUAUGGCCGUACUGCAGCAGUAGUGGCAGUGCUUCCAGUUUGUAUUUAAUAAGGGGCAGUGGUUCUAAGUGGGCAACACAGAAAGCAGAACAUUACAUUUAACACCAUCACACAUCUUCUGAUCCGUUUUAGCCGAUCCCUGAAGUCCUGGGCAGGAUUUGCAAGGAAUCUGUGUUGUAGAAUACGUUUUUCUAACACUUUAUAAAAAAAUGUUCAACUAAACGCAUCCUCAUAAUGCAGUUUUGUAACUUGUAUUUUUAAUCUUUCAGCAAAGGUGUGUGUUUGCUUUAUUUAAAAAAGAAAAAAAGGAGAAAGACACAGUUGUGCUAUGAGAGCAGAAGACUGUUUCCAGAAUGCAUGUGCAGCAGUGCUGUCUAACAGAGCUAAACCACUGUGCCCCCCUGACACCUUCAGAGAGAGGGGAGGACAACACAGCCAAGCUCAAACCAGUGCUGUGCUUUACAGGGUGCCUGUACACCUCGGACCUGCACCAGGAAUCAUAUCAUAGGAACCGGUCAAAGAUGCUGCUUUUAAGAAGGCGUCUUUUACAUCUCAAACGAAUGUCUGUCAUCGGUAUCAUUUAAAUAAUAAUAAUAAAAAAAUGGAAACAAGA